ACUGAGCCGGCAAAUGAUGAAGGCCAUGGCUGUUAUCUGUAUCUCUUAUAAGCGACCGUCACUCAGCCACAGCAUUCACACUGGACUCAGACUCCAGCACUGAACAUCAGUCAACCAAUUCACAUCAUGAAGAGUGCGCUAGUGUUUCUUUUUUUCUCAGCCCUGUGUGGCUUAUCUCUUGCUCUAAAACUACCAACAUACAUCAAACCAUGCCCGAGAGACGCAAAUUUCAAUAAAUGCGCACUGGAACAUGGAAAAGAAGCCAUUCCAAAAAUUCUGAAAGGUGAUGGCAAAUAUCGUAUUCCUAACAUGCAGCCCCUGGAGGUUGAGAAGAUUGUUGUUGGAGAUGGACCUCAAGCCAAGAUUGGACUUCAACUGGUCUGCGAAAAAUGCAAAUUUUACGGCCUAGAAGGAGUUCAACUGGAAGAUAUCAAGUUCGAUUUUGACAAGAAUAAGGUGUUCUUGCAAGGCAGAGUGCCAAAAGUGCAGAUGAAGGGAAAAUACAAGGCAUCUGGAAAAGUGCUUGUUUUGCCUAUCACUGGAGACGGUGAUGCAGAUAUCAAUCUCACCAACGUUGGAUUGAAGUACAACGCUGAUUUCGAAGUUGAGAAGAGGAACGGCAAGGACCAUCUGAAGCUGGUGAACCCCGUCCUGGACAUUGAGACCGACGGCAUCACAUUCAAGCUGACAAACCUCUUCAACGGAGACAAACUUCUAGGAGACAACAUGAACACGUUCCUGAAUGAAAACUGGAAAGAGCUUCUGAAGGAAUUUGGACCAGCUGUCUCAGAAACACUCGCACAGAUCAUUACUCUCAUAGUCAACAACAUUGCUGAGUUGGUGCCCUAUGAUGACGUAUUCUCUCAUUAAUCUAUCAAACCCUUUUUGGGUUCUUUAAACUGUGAUCCGUCCUAUACUCUUCUGAGGAGAAGCAGAUACCAAAUAUGAUGUUAUUGUCGAUAAUAUUGUACUUCACUGCAGGUGGCAUCCAAGUACUCUAUUAAAGCAAUUUUUUAUCCAA